AUGGUGGCGACGGUGAGGCGUCCAAGUCGUGCCCAGCUCGGUGCGCUCGUCGACGGAGAACGGCAAACACAUAGCCACCUUGCUGCCACUGUUGCAAGUGAAGCAAAAAGAGGAUUGGAGACUCUGAUGAUGGGUCGCCCCACAAAUCCUCUGCAUACCUCGCCAGCGGAGGAGGACUUUCUUCUUCAGAUUGAGGGACCUCUCUGCUCCAAUGUUGGUUCUGAGAGUCGUCGUCCUCAUGCCCAGCUCAGCGGUGCAGCGCUCGUUGAUGGAGGAUGCCAGACCCAUCACCGCGCUGUCACUGCAACGAGCCAAGAAACAAGAGGGCCGGAGACUCUCAUGACUGGUUUCAGCACAAGUGCACUGCGUUCCUCGUCAGCAGUAGCUGGGAUAGGGAAGACCAUGGUACAGCAGACCCUGAUUCACCGUUCCCACGGGAUGUCCGACCCAGCAGAGACCCAUCGCCGCACUGCCAUUGCAACAAGUGAAGAUGCAGACGGGCUGGAGACUCUGAUCCCUAGCUAG